AUGGCCAGCUGUCCGUCUUACUCAGCUCUUACCUCUCGCCAUGGCAGCAUGAUCCACACUGGCAACAGUAACGGUGAUGAUGUUCAGCUUGAGCAUGGCCUUGAAGGCGGUUCCUAUGUUCCCGAAUUCGAUCCACCCUCUUACGACGCAUCAUUCCAUGUUCCAGCAUCCGAAGGGCGUCAAGAAGAGCGGGAGGUUCUCCCAUCUUACCGGCGGAAGGAACUUCUGCCUCCCGCCUGGAGUCCGCUGAAAGUCAAGAAGAGGCGAGCCCCAGCUUCCACCAUUCUAGCAAGAUCGUCUUCACCACCCUCCUCUAUGCCACCCUUCCUGGCAUCCUCCAAGUCCAGCCUACGCCACUCCUCGUGGUAUCUGAACCAAUCGGCCAUGGUCGCUGCCUGUCAGGCUGACGCGGAGAGGGAAGUUGCCGAGGCUCUGCGGCAGAAGAAGUUCAAGAGGCUGGGUCAUGGCGGUUCAACCCGACUUAUCCUCGGAGCCGCAGAGUUAGGUGGGAAGACGAGCAGAGUGGAACCAAUGGCAAACAAUUGCAGUGCUGCAAAGAAGAUCAUGCCAAUUUCGAUGAUCAGGGGGCAGGAGCGAUGCAUGUGCCGCUCUUGCAAGUCUCCGGCGAGGCCUCAAUGCGUUCUGUGGCCACCCAGCAAGAUGCGCUCGCACCAGCGAGCGAUUACUAGGUGCACAACUCAUCCGGAGCUGCACAGGCAAAGCCAACACGAGUCGUCUUGGAUGGCCGAUGUUUCAAUGGACUAUGGAGGGGGCUUGGAAGUCGACAAUAAUGCACAAGAUGAUGAACAAGAUGCGGACGGCGAGAUGCUCAUCGAGGAAGACUUGGUUCGUCCUUCCGACGAUAGUAUCACAUCUGGAUCAGUGACAGUGCGUUGCCUGACUUCCCCGCCUCUUCCUCCUUUGCCGUCCAUGCCUUGUCCAAGCUCAACAUCUGAAACGUCUAUUCUGCUCACGGCGGAUCCUGAAGCGGCGUAUCCGCCGUCUCCUUCCUCUCCGCUGUCACCAAUCCCAGUUCCGAAUAACGAGCUCUGUCCGCACCGACCACCUCCAGCCUGUCAGACCCUGCUCCCUGGCGACACGCCUUCAAUUCCAGCUACAAAUGCCCCUUCUCCUCCAGCUCAACCCCAUUUCCCGACAGCAAUGGAGAUUGAGGACGAGGAAGAGCUCGAGUCGCCUUUCGACAUCAACUCACUCGAGCAGGACGAAGGCAUGGCAAUAGCAGAUCUAGGCAUACAUAAUCCGUUACGAGAAUGCACCAGUGGUCCGCUGCGAUCCUCAGAGGUUCCUCUGGAGAGCUACCUCCGAGUCCAUGUCAAUCCGGGCAUACGAGCACUCUGCCUGCUCGUUCUGCAUCUCCACGCACGGUAUCAGUUACUGCACCUUGCUUGUGCUUUUCUUGCUUCGAUGGUCUAUGCGAUCUUCGAAUUCUUUAGAGUCUUGAGUCCAUCAACAGCGUUCACUCUAACAACUGCUCCUCCUCGAUCUCUCAACACCAUGUAUCGGCGUUUGCGGCUCUGGGAUAGAUUCGAAGUCAAAACGAUCUGUCCCAAAUGUUGGGAAUUCGAACGUUUUGACGAGGCGCAACCUGACCUCGAUCUCCUCGAAGAGAUGGGCCUUCCGGAUGCGGCAGAGGCAACAAAUCAGGCAGAAGAGUGGCAGCGAUACUGCUCGCGCUGCCGCUCGGCUCUAUAUGAACCAUCACCUCGGUUCGGUGCUCCUCGCGCACUUCGACAAGCCCCGUACGAUCUUUUGUCCCGGCAGCUCGCAGACUUCCUGGGUCAGCCAGGUUUUGAAGAUGCAUGCGAAUCAUAUCACGACACACCAAGUGUGCCUGGGGUCUACACCCGCCUACAGGAUGAGAGUGUGUGGAAGGAAUUGAAGGCUCCAGACGGCUCACCUUUCUUUCCUACCUCCCGGGAAGAGGCUCGACGUCAGGCAGAGCUGCGACUUGGUCUGCUGGUUGCUAUGGACUGGUUCAAUCCAAACGAUUCUGCUACAUCCGAAUCACACUCCACAGGCCCGUUGUCAGUCUGUAUUGCCAAUCUCCCGCCUGAGCUAAGUUGGCAACCCCAUGGGUUCCCUCUCAGAGACGGCUUACUCCACAAACGUCGUGCUGCGCAAUGGUAUUGGCUGCAGCAGAACGGGAAGUCUAAACUCGCCAGCAAGUAUUUCACACGAUACGGUGUACGAUGGUCCGAGUUCUGCGGACUCAGAUAUUUCGACCCAAUCAAGCAAGGGGCGCUGGAUCCUAUGCACCUCUUUCUACCAGGCAUGAUGAAGACUGUGUGGUACAACAAUUGGGUACUCGGGGGGAAGGAGAAGAAUAAGGUUCUGAGGGGAGCAACGGAGGCCGGCACCCGACGAGAGCUGGACGAGAUACAUGAUGUGUUGGCUACAAUAGGUUAUCCUGCUGGGGGAAGUUUGACAUCAGAUGAAUGGCGCGCUCUGGGAGUGCUAUACGGACCGGCUGCAAUCCCGCCUGUGCUGCUUAAGACAGCUGACCCGGUCCACCCCAGUGCUGCUCGCAACUACCUGAAGCUCGCCACUGCCAUCAAGAUCUACCUACGCCGUGAGAUCACAGAAUCCGACCUGGUCUCACAUUCGGUUCAGAUUUACGGCGAAGCCAACGUCACGCCAACCUUCCACUGGAUCACUCACAUGGCGGAGCAGAUCCGGUGUUUCGGACCUGUACAUGGCUUCUGGACGUUUUUGUUUGAGCGCCUGAAUAAGGUGCUCAAAGGAUACGAAACGAAUGGACACAAGGGAGGAGAGGCCGAGUUGACAUUUGCAAGAGAGUUCAAGCGUGAAACAGGCUUGUCUCGCUUGAACACCAUCCUCGCAGGUCAGAGUCAAGAUCCGCUGGCCCGUCUUCUUGCCGUUGAGCUGCAAAGGCGCUCGAGAGAUAUCGCACGUAUCGGCAUGCUGGCUGCUAUGACUGCAGAAGCGCAGGAUGAAGCCGCAGCCCAGUCUAGGCCAGCGUCUCGAGGAAGCUGCAUCUUAUCAGAUACUCCUCCCCAUGCCGACCUGUACGUCGACUUCAAGGAGCUCGAAGUCGACUUUUGGCAAUACGCACGGUACCGGCAGCUGGCCGAUGUGGGCCCGGACGCGAUUAUUCCAGCCCACGACAUAUGUGGGACAGUAGCUCGGUGUACGAUGGAAGUAGGAGGACGCAAGAUGUGGAUUACUAUGGGAUUGAGCAAGCUGGUGUGGUUUGUAUGGUAA